UGCGCGGAAGAAGUCAGCAAGAGACUCUAUGGCACUAUGGUCAAGCAUCGGACGUCAGGCUCCUAUGCAGCCCUCUACUUUGAGGAGCAGAAAAUUUUAUGUCGCAGCCCUGGCAACAUCGCGACGUCGAUCGACCAGAUUACCCUAGACGUGUAUCCCGGCCUGUGGUUCGAAUACAAGAUCCUCGAUGGCGAUCCGGACGGGUUUUUGAUAUCUCUACGGCGGUAUCCCCACCAAUCCGAUGUUGAAUGGAAAGAAGCUAUGGCUGUAGCACUGCUGCGGAAUGGAAGAUUGACGAAGCCAAACACUACCUUAAACAGGUAGAAUCCACCUCCCUCGACCGCAUCAUUGUAGCUGCAGCCAACUUUUGUGCACACGACUGCUUCAACGCAGCUAUGGACCAACUUGGAUGGUGGCUGCCCGAACAAGUCAUUGACAAACUCUGCUACAGCAUCAUCCACCAUACAAACGAGGAUUUUCUGGAACUUGUUGUCGAAAGGCUCGAAUCAGCACACGGUGUCCUCCUGGCGCAAGCUCAUCAAUCAAAGAAGCCGCGGAUGGUAGGACAAAUACUGCGUCAUAUGAGAAGCGACCAGAAAAUACCCCAAUGGGUGGCAGACGAGUUGCUCAGGGAUCCAGAUUACGAAGCCUUUCAUGACCAAAUUAGAAGACAACGUCAACACGACUGCUGCGAGAUGCGAUUAGAGCCGUCUGAGCUGAGCGAUAUGGUGCAAGGGGUCGUCCGAGCCCAGAAGCUUAGCGCCAGUAACUCCACUCGUCUUGCCAACUUCAUGGCAGCACAGAGCCUCAAAUUCAACCAGGCUGAAUCGUUUUCCUAUGCCCGCUGGCUUGAAGCUGGCCAGGAACACUUUCGCGAUGAGCCCGACUUACAGUCAAUGGUCGGUCUUGCGACCGCUCUCGAUUAUCUCGUCAGCUCAAAUACACCAGCUCUUGUUGGCAUAUCUUCGCCACAAAUCGAUUUCGCAUGGCCCCUGAUCAGAGAGGCGCUCAAUAGCGAGCUAUGCAACCUCAAAGUCAGCAGAAUACCGAGCGGUGACUUGCUUGUCGACCUCUCUCGGACGACGACUUCCAAUACUGAUUCCGAUAUUUUGUACGGCCUACAAGUAGUACCGUCUGGAGGCUCACGGGAACAGACUGCCCCUGUUCUCCACGAACAAGGGGUAUUUACACGAAACUGGAGCCUGAACAUGAAGUCGAAAAUAGACGAACAGUUGCUCGAGCCGGAAGAUAUCGUCUCAUCGCUCGGCGAUCAUAGUGUCAAUGUUGAUGAAACCAUGUCCGAGAACCAGUUCAAUAUCAUUUUGGCCUUUUCCACCCCCUUCCCCCUCAAUGUCGCCGCGCCUGACUUGGAGGUUGACGACAGAGGUGACGCCGUUCACCCACCAGCAGCCUGGACUGUGCAACAAGUGGCCAAGGCCAUCGAUGCUGCAUUGGUCGAAGAACAGGUCGUGCAUGACACGGGGCAACAGUCGAAGAUGAAGUGAGAAAGUUGAUUGAUGUACAGAGGCGGUUCACAUGAAUGUGAAUCUCGGGGCAGUCUUUGCAGCCCUGGCUAACGUCCUUGGGCCAGGCCAUCUUGUGGUCAUCGGGGCUGAAUAUGGGAUCGAAUCACGAGGGAAAGUGGGGUCCUGAAUACCAGCACUGCUACCUUCAGAGUUUGGGGAUCAAAAU